AUGGAGCAGCCGAUGCUACAAGCGCCGUCCCACAAACACCAUGGUCACGAUAUCGAGGCCACGGUCGAGACAUCUUCGGACCAAAUCUGCCUGAAUGAGGGACCCCAUGCCUCCCAGCUCCCCAGCAAUGCCCAGUACUUUUGCAACGGGUGCAGGAAGUUUGACCUGGCCACGUUGUUGACAACAGCAUCCAAAGCAACGCGCAUCGGCUUUUUGAAAGAAUUCAACGGCCCACUCUGUCAAUUGUGUGAUACAAUUCGCCAUUUCGUCAAGUUACACUGGGGUCAAGAAUCGCCAUCGGCAGUGGACGGCCGUCAUCCAAGUGUAUACAUGCAGAGCAAAGAAUGGUGUUCUUUCUACGACUCAACUGGACAGGAGAAAGGCGUGUACCGGAUUAUUCUGGCCCUUGAUCAGCGGCCUCCGAAUCUCCGGCUGAUGAGGCAGGCCACGCCCUACGACAAGACAGCCAAGUUUGUCCUUACUGAACUAGAGGUUGAUCCCAUGAAGAUCAACGAUUCUAGCGUCGUGCCCUCCCCCAGGCGGCCAAUUCUGUCAUGCAUUGAUCUAGCAUUAGUACAGAAUUGGUUGAACAACUGUCGGGACCAUGACUCCUGCAAGAAAAACCGGGCGGCUCAACGGGCCAACAUGGCGCAAACAUUCUACACCUCCGGGUUUCGGCUGAUUGAUGUUAUCGAGGGCAGACUUGUUGAAACGACCGAGCCCUGCGAAUACAUCGCUCUUUCAUAUGUCUGGGGUCAAGCGGCAUCAUUCGGCCUCUGCACGAAUAAGGAGAACCUCUCCAUUUUACAUCAGCCAUCAUCAUUGGAUAAACCUCAUACCCAGGAUGGUGUUUCGAAGCGUCUCCCAAAGACGAUUGCGGAUGCGAUCUCACUCUGUCGCUUUAUUGGACAGAGGUACUUGUGGGUGGACAGCUUGUGCAUCGUGCAGAAUGACCCGGAUGAGAAGAGACGCCUGAUACAUGGCAUGAAUGGCGUCUAUGAGAACGCAGACCUGACUCUCGUGGCACUAUCGGGUGUUGAUGCCGAUGCAGGUCUGGCAGGCAUUAGCCCCCGUGGUCCUCAUGCAGAUAAUUGUGGGCAAGAACAUCUUUUCCACAAAGUCCAUGGUACAUGCAGCAUUGGAACAGGCCGGCUGUCGCUCGUCAAACAAAUCCAACGCUCCCAUUGGAACACGCGCGGAUGGACAUAUCAAGAACAGCUUUUAUCACCACGAAAGCUUUAUUUUGCAUCUGGCGAAGUUUUCUAUGAUUGCGGGUCCCAAACAUUCAGGGAGGGAUAUGCUUUCGAGACCUUGAGAGGCUCGGACAGGUUGGGAGCUCCGUGGUAUGAGAGAAACGACCCUCUGGACGAUGCACAGCCUACAAACACGAUAGAUCCGACAGGCCCGGAAUGCUCCAGCCCGCAGCGGUUGGACACGGAAUUCCAGAAAAUCGUGUCAGUGUACACGCGGAGAAACCUCAACGAAUCUGGUGACAUCUUGCAUGCUCUCACUGGUUUAUACAACAUGUUCUACUCGAGUUCGAAUCGGGACGGCUUGGGUAUCAGUGCGCUCCAGGGCUUACCAUGGCACAUGGCGUCGCUGACGCACUUUCACCACCUCUCGUACCGGGGCAACUCGACUUUCUCGGCCUUUAUAUCCCAGUUCCGAAAGCAGUCGCAUGCCCCAGGUGGUCCAAGGGACCUGGAGGAAGAGAAUGGCACUUAA